UUACAUUUUAGGGUUUGUUCUAUUCCCUAUCUUGAAGGAUGAAUUUCGCGGAGACGAGCCUUGUCUUUCUCGUUGCGGCGCUGCUCGGAUCUGUGAGUGUCCGCGUCCUCUUCAACAAGGGGCCUUCCGCAAAUCUGUUACACAUCACAUUGGUGAUUGUUGCUGCAAUUUGCUGCUGGCUCUUGUGGGCUAUUGUGUACAUGGCACAAAUGCAUCCUCUGGUGAGACCGAUUCUCAAUUCUGAGGGCGAAUGAAAUAUUUUUUUCUGGUUAUGUGUAUUGAAUAUUUGUAGAGAAAUUGUUCUAAUAACUCAUCUUUUUUUAAGUC